GUAAAAGUAAAAUCAAGAAAUACAAACAAUUACAUGCCUUUUGGACAACAUCGCACCAUUUUCGGUUGUGAGCAACGCUUUAGAACAAAGCCAUAAAAUCGCAAUUUAUAAAACCAACGCUGGAUUUUGCCCGCUUGUCACACACACUGAAUCCAAACAAAGCACUCAUAAUUAGAUGAAAAUUAAUAUCGUAUCGUGUCUUUCGCCUGGGUUCGAAGUUCGAGCAUUCCAAUACGAAUAUUCAAAUUCCAAUGCUAUUCAUUUAUUGCGGCUCAUUUGCUUAUUUCAAAUGAAAAUGAUUAGUUCAGCCGUUGUUUUUGUAGCUAAUAUAUCCCUCCUCUCGGUUUCUCUGUUUUUCUGACUGUGUGCAGUCGGAUUUUCGAACUGGAACCGGUUCUGACACCACUUACCAAAGCUUCAACCUGGCCAGCGAGAAAUCGGGAGAGAGAUCGGAGUACGAGAUGCUGGCCAAACCCACACACCACACCAACCGAUCUUACCUCUCUUCGUGGGCAUACGAAUCUCCGAAGAAUCGGUGGCUCAGCAUCAACACACGCGAGGAGAAAUAGGGGGAAUUCUUGGAAAUUGUGGGGUCACAUUUCCCCUCUUUCGAUCGCCAGCGAAAUUCCUCGCAAUUAUAACCAACAAAAAUUCUUAAUAGAUUGUACAUAAUAUAAUAUUUAGUAUUCAAGUGAAAUUGAUAAUAAGAAUGGAAAUACCGCGUGCCGAAUAUAUUGUGUUUAUUACAUUUUGGGCGCCUUAUCGCCGCGUACCUCAAAUAAUAAAACACAAAUUUUGAACCGCCAAUCUCUCAGUACGGGAUUCGAAAUGGAGAUCGCCGCAGCUGUGAUUAUCCUGCUCACUGGGAUUGCAUUUGGAAAUGGACAAUAUCCUGUGUCAUUCCUGGAACCAAAUUGCGGAGUUUCGAUUUCGAGUUAUGGCAAUGGUAAUGCGGUUCCCAUGAUUGUCAAUGGCCGGCCGGCUGAUAUGUUUGCUAAUCCAUGGAUGGCAUUGGUAUAUAGUGGCAGAAGUAUGUGCGGUGGAUCCCUCAUCACGAACCGAUUUGUUCUUAGUGCUGCGCACUGCGUAACUGAUGACCACACGGACAUAUACCUAGGCGAGUUCAACAGGUCAACCCUCACGGAUUGUUCCACUACCUCCAUGCCGAACGCCAUUCAAAUUGCGGUCGAUGCGUAUAUAAAACACCCCCUUUAUGUGGAAGCCACCCAAAACGACAUAGCCCUGUUCCGACUGGCCACCAAGGUGGAAUUCACUGACUACGUAAAGCCAAUCUGCCUGCUGACCAACUACAAUCUCUUAAACUACGUUACCACUCUGACUGCCACUGGAUGGGGCGACACAGAGCAGGGAGUGCCUAGCGACGUCCUAAAGACAACAACCCUUACCCAAGUGGAUCGCUCCUAUUGCUCGAGGAUGUUUGGAACCCAAGUGGAUUGGUCUCACAUCUGUGCCUGGGACUACACUUCAUCCACGUGCAGGGGUGAUUCGGGUGGCCCACUAUCCGCUAAAAUAACAAUUGGUGGUGUGUCCCGAGUCGUUCAGUUCGGUAUAGUCAGUUAUGGACACAGAACAUGUAGGAUGAUGGGGGUCUAUACGAACGUUUUGCACCAUAUGAACUUUAUCAUUAAUGCCGUGCGAUUUGCAGAUUUUUAGGUCUCGGAUAAAAGAAGUAACUAUUAAA